AUGGCUGAUGGACUUUCCUUGGAAGAGCGUCCACGCCUUCUGAGAGACCCGCUGUCCGAGGCAGAGUACCCGCCUGGGAGCUUGAAUGACCGUUGUAAGAAUAAGAGAGGGCUCCAGCAGGACGACACGACUGCAUUGACCGUGCAGGUGGAGACCGUGGGCUCCACAACGGUACGAAGUCAGAAGGACUGCAUCUCGCCAACCAGCCAGUCCGCUCGGGUUGUUUCUCUCGAAAACAUGGGUCGUGCCACCCUUUUCUCCGCACUUGCUUUUCUUGCCGGUCAUGUCCUGCAAGCGACCGCUAUUCCAUCGGCUUUCCCGCAAGACAAUGCCGUCAACCAGGUGCUUCUGAGCGAUUCAUAUCAAGACCAGUCUGUUUCGUCAAUAUCCGCAGAAGACGACGCCCAAAACAGUGCUGUCAUCCAUAUCGGCGAAAGCGAGACAAUGCGAGCACCAUCUUGGUUCACCUCAACACUUAUGGCUCGUCGUCUCCUAGCCCUGUCAACAACUGGCACCGUCUCGACCAUCUUUCCUGACCCGCUCCCCGGCAAUUCCCACGCGCCCCCCUCUGUGGCCGGCCUCCCAAUUAGCCUCCCAGAGUACAUCGCCGAUUGCGACGAAUACCUCCCCGCAGACGUCAGCAACGGUGGCAACGGCGACCCGACCUUCCUCGCCCUCCACAUCUCAACAACCUUUCGCAACACCGCCGCCGGCUCAAACGUCAGCCUCGCCAUCGACUGGUGGGAUCACUUGAACCAGACCGAGCCCGUCGCGCCGGGGUUUCCUCCGAGCGAAGCAGGUCUCCCGCGCGUCACGCUGAUUGGGUACGUGGAGCCGUUUGAUACGCCUCUGCACAGGGAUAUAGAGGCCGCGCUGGAGGAGUGUUAUCUGAGCGUGCAUCCGGAUGCGAGUGCCUGGUUGCCGGGAAAGCCUGGGGCGCCGCACUCGAGCUACUGGGCGAAGAUGGUAGUGGAGCAAGUCUAUUGGAUCGGCGGAUUUGGGGGCUUGCAGCAGAUUGGGUGGAUGAAUGUCACUGAGUGGAAGGGGAUCCGGCGUGUGCGUAGUUUGCCUGGUGUCGGUGAUGGGAGGGGAUGGGAAGAUGUGAGACUUCCUGGGGAGAAGGAGUAA